AUGUCGCACUCGAAGAAUUUGAUUAAGCGGCGCAUGUACCGGGAGCGUCUGCAGGACUCUCGGCGACGUCAGAAGUACCCUUUCCUGGAGAAGAAGCAGGACUGGCGCGUUCGUUCGCGGCGGUACAAGACGCAGCAGCGCUUGAUUGGACAUUUAGCCGAGAAGGCUCGCACCCGGAACGCGGAGGAGUUUUCGUUUCGCAUGCUGAAGGCGAAGCAAGUGGGCGGCGGAGUCGACAAGCUCCGGUCGAAGAACGCAGGACAGACGUUCCUCCUGACCCCCGAGCAAGCAGCCUUCGCGCAGAGCAGUGCCCAGAUCCUCUCCAGGCGCGGCCAAGCGAAGAUUCAGGAGCGGCGGAAAGGCAGACGCAAGCGCGAGGCAGAGGCCUGCAGACUCGACCAGAAGCUCGUCGACCUCAAGCGGCAGACGCUGCGAAAGCGAAUCGAAAAAACGCUGACGCAUGCAGCCGUGCUUGCCGGACAAGCAGACCCCCGCGGCGGACAGAGCGUCUCUCUGGAAGACUCUGACAGCGACGCAAGAGGACGCGCCCGAGCAGAAACAGAGAGCGAACUGGAAGAUCAAGGUGGAGAAGAAGCAGAAAGUGAAGGAGAGGAAGAGACAGAAAGUGAAGGAGAGCAAGAGACAGAAAGUGAAGGAGAGCAAGAGACAGAAAGUGAAGAAGAAGGUCGAUGUCGAUGGUUGAGCCGUCAACGAGGCGGACAGACGAAGACAGACGAAGAGGGGGAUUCUUCGUCUGCUUCGGACGGGGAAUCGUCUGACGCAGACUCGGCGGACUUUGGGAGCUCUGACGAAGAACCUCUCCAAAGCAGGAAGGCGGACAAAAAGAAAGCAGGUGCAAACCUGGCACCGCGAACCUGGCUAGAGAGCCUCGAGCAAGACACGCUGCAUGCUCGCCGUCUCUCAAAACUCGCGGCGAAACUCCAGCUGAAAUCCGACCUCGCAGGAAAAGGCAGAAGAAAACUCGUCAGCGCCGGUCACUCAGGAGCUCCCUCAGUCUACAAAUGGGCAACUGAGAGAAAGAAAUAA